AGCGGGCGCGGCGGCGGUGGCGGGCCCGGCGGCUUCCAGCCCGCGUCCCGCGGCGGCGGCGAGCAGGAGACGCAGGAGCUGGCCUCGAAGCGGCUGGACAUCCAGAACAAACGCUUCUAUCUGGACGUGAAGCAGAACGCCAAGGGCAGCUUCCUCAAGAUCGCCGAGGUGGGCGCGGGCGGCUCCAAGAGCCGCCUCACGCUGUCCAUGGCGGUGGCCGCCGAGUUCCGCGACUACCUGGGCGACUUCAUCGAACACUACGCGCAGCUGGGCCCCAGCAGCCCCGAGCAGGUGGCAGCGGCAGCGGGCGCCGAGGAGGGCGGUGGGCCGCGGCGCGCGCUCAAGAGCGAGUUUCUGGUGCGCGAGAACCGCAAGUACUACCUGGACCUCAAGGAGAACCAGCGCGGCCGCUUCCUGCGCAUCCGCCAGACGGUCAACCGCGGCGGCGGCGGCCCGGGGCCCGGCGGCCUGCAGAGCGGCCAGACCAUCGCGUUGCCCGCGCAGGGCCUCAUCGAGUUCCGCGACGCGCUGGCCAAGCUCAUCGACGACUACGGCGGCGAGGACGACGAGCUGGCUGGGGGCCCGGGCGGCGGUGCCGGGGGCCCCGGGGGCGGCCUGUACGGGGAGCUCCCGGAAGGCACCUCCAUCACGGUGGACUCUAAGCGUUUUUUCUUCGACGUGGGCUGCAACAAGUACGGAGUGUUCCUGCGCGUGAGCGAGGUGAAGCCGUCCUACCGCAACGCCAUUACCGUCCCCUUCAAGGCCUGGGGCAAGUUCGGGGGCGCCUUUUGCCGGUAUGCGGAUGAGAUGAAAGAGAUCCAGGAGCGGCAGAGGGAUAAGCUUUAUGAGCGACGCGGCGGGGACGAGUCAGAGGGAGAGGAGGUGGAUGAGGAUUGAAACGCCUAGCUUACCCUACGGGCCUCCCCACCCCACCACUAGAGAGCCCCCCUUCCUGUUCAUCCCAGUGAGCUAGUGGAGGGAGAGCAAGGGAGGCCCCAGAAGGAGAAAACAAAAUUUAAAAUAAUAUAGUUAAUUACGAGAAAUAACCAUAAGAGAGAACAGUCACGGACAAUUAGAGAAAAGCAGUAAAGUUCCAAGGAAUUGACAGCAACCUACAAAGAGAGGACAACAGCGCCUCCUCACCUGAGCAAAAGUCUCAGCUUCUGUUGCUUCCCAGCUGAGGUUCCUAAAUCCAUCAGGAUAAUCCUGGGUGGGGUAGAUCCUUGCACAUUGGCCAAGGAACACCUCUUGAGUUACCCAGACCCACUGAUGACAGCUGAAUUUGUAUUAUACCUGGGGUAACCUGGUCUUAAGAUAGUGUCUUAUCCCUUCACCUCCAUUGAAAUCAGCGUUUUGGAUCUAGAUCUUCAUGGAAUUCUUGUGAAGAGAGAGGCAUUUGCAGUUACCCAGUUCUGAGGGUACAAGUUUUAUGAAAAGGAAUGCAACUUUAAGUAAUCAUAGACAGGGCAAAAUAAGAAUUCAAGAAGCCACCAGGGAAUACAGAAACAAAUCGGAUCCAUUUUUUUUUUAAAUGGUUUUGCAUGGAACCUGGAACAAGGCCCAUGUCUUGUCUUUGCAGAAUUAUUUUCCGGGAUGCAAAUGGAUUCAGAUGUCAGUCCUUGAACUAGAAUCCGUUAUUAUAAUAUUUUGGAAGUUGGCAAAAUUUUUUCAAAGAUAAAAGCAGUUUUACAUUGGGGGUUGCUGAGGUAGGCACAAGCAGAAAUCAGGCAUAAAGCACAAGGAAAACUGUUUGAGUGGAUUGGUUGCUGCUCACUAAAGUUCUUCCUCGAUCUCCAAAUAUGGAGGUCAUGUCUUAGAUAUGAAUGAGAGCCAGAUCCCCGUGGCUCCACCGUGUGAGCCAGUGAAUUAUGGCUAAUUCGGCAGUUUCAGCCACUGGUUGGCUGGAUUUUAAACCGUAAAACUUGAAGAUAUCUACAAAAGGAACAGUGGCUACAAGCCUGAGCUUUAAUGGAAUAUAAGUCCUCACAGAAAAGUUCGAAAUAACCAAAACUGAAGUCUUCAUCUACCUUCAGUUUAAUCUGUGGAUUUGUUUAAACACUAAAGAUCCUCAGGUCCAGAAUUCCAGCAACGUUUAUUCUUUUAAAAUAAAUUUUUAAGAACUUGAUCCAUUGUAUCAGUACCUCACAAUCAAGUUGGCAAACGAUGGAUGAGUGAUUCAAGCAGCGUGCCCUUUGGAAGCUGAAAUCCAUCUGAAUGGAGCUGAAGUGAACGUGAAUAUGCUGACUAUAUCCUGGAAGCAUUUUUAUACCAUCUUGAAAUUUCAACAAACUGCCUUUUGCCAGUUUAUCCAGCUGUCUUUCAAGAAUAAAAGUUGGGGUUUUCAAGGAUCGCCUCUUCUAUAUUUUAAAUGGAUUUUCAGUAUGAUCUUUACUAAUCAAGUUAAUCCCACCCCAUCAAAAGGUAUUCCUAGAAGUGUCAGAACCUAGGUAACUGAAUUGAAUGGGAGCUAAUGUUCUUUCCAAAGUUUUCAGGUAUACUUUGUGCAACACCUUCUCAACCAGGAGGCAAGUAACCCCACUUCCACAAUCUUAGUAUUUUUUUUUUUAACUGCAUGCCUGCCCUUUAUUUGAGCUGCCUUUUAAUUUAUUGCAUACCCUUUUUAUUAUUUUGGUAUUCAAUCUAUACAAUCUUUUUGUAUUUAUUGGGAAAUGAGUAAUAUACAAAAAGGUCGUUUUCAUGAAUUAGUGGCUGAGAGGGAGGGAAUAAUUGUGUAUAUAAAAUUAGGCUUUUUUAAAAAUUAGAUUUGAUUCAGAAUAUCUCAUCUUAGAUUUUUAAAAAAUAGUGGAAGAGCCACAAACAUUGGUGCCCUUUUCAGACUAUUUCUCUACUCUCAUCAUCCACAGUAGACUUUUUAAACAGAUUUUUUUUUAAGCAUUUCUUUUUUUAAAAAAUUUUUCUCCGUUGCAAAGAAUGUUUCCUAAAUUGUAUGGGAGCAAUAGUAUUUUUGAUGUUUUAAUGACAUCUGUAUACUUGUACUGUAUUUUGUACUACAAGGCAGCUGUUUUCAAUAAUGUCCUGCUG